AUGGCCUAUGCGGGUCGAGAAAAGAUACGACCAUUUGCACCCCUGGGGAGUCUAGAUCUGUGUUCCUCACGGAAAGAGGUAAAGAGACCUGACAGGCUAAUUAGCCAGACUGUGGCAAAUGUGAGGCGAUCUGCUCUGGACAGGCAGAAGACACCGUUCGCCAAGCCUGCUACCCUUCAGUUCAGUGACUUUGCGAGCGGCCCCAAUCCCAUCCCCCUAAGCCCUGCCCUUGGUCAGACUUCGCAUGCCCCAGAACUCAGACUAUCAUACACCCCUUCUUCGUCCACCACUUUGCCCGCUAUAGCAACCGGUACAGCCGCAUCUAUAAUCUUGAACAGCACUCCUAUCGACGCUUCAAGUAGUUACACUCCCAUCAGCAGCACCAUUACACUCGCCACCACAUUAAACACUGACGGACUGUUCUGUCUCCCACCGCCUCACUUUUCGAUUUCAACAUCUUCACUUUCUGUGGUUGGUCCCAACGCACCGGGUCGCUCGAUUGCGACUUCAGCCACGACCAGUAGCCCCGUGGCUUUGCAUUUCUCUGCUAAAUCGUCAUUGAGAAAAACACUUCCAGGCGACUGGAAAUUCAGCAAAGCUACGGACUUUCAGACAUCCCCGGAUCAGGCUGGCAAUCAAGUGGUACAUUCAAGCUUCACGGCCCUCCUGCCAAAAGAAGCAUGCUCUCAGGCUCCAGCGAUUGCGCUUGAAGAGGUAAAAGUACCAGUCUGGACAAAUUUAAGCCCAUCCAACCCAGCCUCUGGCGUGCCUGGAAAAAAGCCGACUGAAUCCGCCAACCCGAACUCGAGAGAUCCUACUAAAGGAGGAAGACAUCCGCGACAGGGUCAGGGAGGCGAAGAGGUUAUCCAGAAAAGAAACAUCGACCAGGACUUCAGGCAUCCAGUACAAACUAGAGGUUCAGAACCUGUGGAUGCAAAGACUGAGAGCUGUCAAGGUGAAGACAUUUCGGAGCAAAUACAGGAUCAACUUGACGCGGAGGAGAAUCGUGGCGACGCAUUCCCACGAGGCGACGAGCUUCACUUGGACAGUCUAUCGCGGCUUAUUCAGCAACAGGAACAGUAUCAGGAAGACGUAAAACGACAGGCCUUCAGAUCUGCACCGCCGAUCCCCAGUUUUAGUGGACAGGGCUCUGUCAGCCUGACCCGGACUCUAGCCCCUGUCACACGAGCCCCUUUGAUGAUACCAUUGAAUGCACUCCAUGCACCCUCUCGGAAGUUGAGUGCUCUCUCCCAACAGGACCUGCUGGAGCUGUUGACUUUUUGA